CGCCGCGCGAGGGAAACGGAACGGACCAGGUGAGGAAGAUAUUUCUCCGCACGCGCGAGAAGCCAUGGCUGCCGUGCCGGUGCCGCCGCCGCCUCUCCUCGCCUCCCGCGCCGCCGUGCGGGCCGCGGCCUCCGUCGUAUCCGCCGCCCGCCGGAGCAGCCUCGUUAGCGACCACCCGCCGCAGGUCGGGGCCCUCCGGCGCGGCGACUGGGUCAAGCUCAUCUGCGGCGCCAGCUUCGAGGAUGCUGCAGAUGUCAGGAAUCUCUCCCUUGUGUACACGCUUGCUGGAGUGGAUUGCAUCGAUUGUGCAGCAGAUGCAUCUGUGGUUGGUGCAGUGAAUGAGGGAAUUGAUGUAGCGGCCUCAAUUGUACCAGAAGUUCAAAGGCCAUGGGUGAUGGUUAGUGUUAAUGAUGAUUGCAGAGAUCUUCAUUUCCGUAAAGCUGAAUUUGAUCCUGAGGAUUGCCCACCGGAUUGCUCGAGGCCAUGUGAGAAAGUUUGUCCUGCUGAUGCAAUAUCACUAGAGAGUAUCAUGGUUGGAGAAGAGCACUCUCAAUCUGAUCCCUUACGUGGUAAACUUGAGAGUGGUGUAAUUACAGAGCGGUGCUACGGAUGCGGCCGAUGCUUGCCAGUUUGCCCUUAUGACAGAAUAAGAGCUGUGUCCUAUGUUCGAGAUCCUACUACAACUGCUGAACUGUUGAAAAGGAAUGAUGUUGAUGCAAUAGAGAUACAUACCACUGGAAAGGGAACUGACAUGUUCAAUACCCUCUGGAACAGCUUGAGUGAGUCUAUCAAUAAUGUGAAGCUGGUAGCAGUUAGCCUGCCUGAUAUUGGCAAAUCAACAGUUGAUUUCAUGAAUGCGAUAUACACAAUAAUGGAAUCCCAUCUUCAAGGGUAUAAUCUUUGGCAGUUAGACGGCCGGCCUAUGAGUGGCGACAUUGGUAGAGGUGCAACAAGGGAAGCAGUUUCUUUUGCUGUUCAUAUGGCUUCAAUAUCAGAUAGACCUCGUGGUUUCUAUCAGUUGGCCGGCGGCACCAACUCAUACACUAUAGAUUCCUUAAAGAAGGCUGGCCUUUUCCACCCUACGACUUUUCCUGGAAAUUCAGGGACAGCAGCCUCUGAAAUGACCAGUUCUCAGCAAGCUUUUAUCGGAGGGAUAGCUUAUGGCGGGUACGCUCGCAAGAUUGUUGGACGAACUCUACGCAAGAUACCGGCGCAGUUUGGUCAUGUGCGUAUCGAGGAUCAUCCAGAGCAUCUGCUGGAGGCAUUACAAGAAGCCAUGUCAUUAGUAGGGCCUGUGAAGGGCUAUCCAGCCCUUUCAAGCCUAUGAAAUGAGUGAACAACAAUAGGAAGUAGAAUGAUUUGAUCCCAGAUGCUGCUGUAGCUAAUUUUGGUGCUUGCCUUGUGAAAUACUCCAGCUGCUUUUGUACCAUCCAGAAGAAGAAGAAAAAUAGUAGGGCAUGUUUUUAUCA